UCAUCCUCUGUAUGUUCUGGUCCUUCUCAUGCUAAUAGGAGAACUGGAGUACCUUCUAGUGACUCAGUGGGCAAACCCAAAACCAAGUUCGUGGCAAGUAAGAAAGUAUUCCGAGCAUCAGUGGCCCUAACGCAAACUGCUCCUUCUAGAACAGGCUCUGUGCAGACAACUCUGAAUUUGGAAAGUUCUGAGGAAGUUGGAGCAGUGGAAGAAGCCUCAGAGGUUGUAGGACCUAAAUCUGAGGUGGAAGAAGGGCGUGGACAACUCCCAUCGAUGCCAGCUGCUGAGGAAAUGCAUAAAAAUGUGGAGCAAGAUGAGUUGCAGCAA